AUGAAUAGUGUAGAUGGCGUUGUUGAUGAUCACAAACGUCAUGCUCGAGCUCAACAUAACGCUUUGGAACGCAGGCGUAGAGAUAAUAUCAAAGACAUGUACACAAGCCUCAAAGACGCUGUCCCCGAUAUGCAAAACGAAAGGGCAUCUCGUGCCGUAAUCCUACGAAGAGCGAUCGAAGUGAUCGAAGAAAAACAGCAACAGCAGGCCGAACUUCAGGCCGACUGUGAUCGUUUAAGGAAUGAAACUGCAGAAUUGGAAAGAGAGGUGAGAAAUGAAGCUCUUCUCAAAAAUCGCUCAGCUAGUAGCUGUCUUUCAGAUAAGAAUGCUUAG